UUUAUAACAUAUUGAGCCCACCAAUAACCACUCGUUACAUCCGAUUGAAACCGCUUGACUGGAACGACCGAAUAUCGAUGAGAAUGGAGAUUUACGGAUGCCCAGGUUGUGCAGCGCCACUUGGCAUGGAUAGCGGGGCAAUCACCGAUGCACAGAUAACUGCUUCUUCACAGUGGAGUGGCAAUACUAGGGCCAGGCAAGGAAGGUUACAUUAUAAGAAACUUCCGGGAACCACCGGAAGUUGGUCAUCAAGUGCAAAUGAUUUAAACCAGUGGUUUCAGGUGGAUCUUGGUCAAUACACUACAGUGACUGGUAUAGCGACCCAAGGCAGACAAGGCUAUGACCAAUAUGUGACAGCAUAUAAGUUGCAGUAUAGUGACGAUGGAGUAACUUUUCAGUUCUAUAAGACUUCGCCACUCGAAGCUGAAAAGGUCUUUCGUGGUAAUAGUGACAGAGAGACCGUCAUUUAUCACGAAAUACGCAAACCAAUCAGAGCACGCUACAUACGAAUUAGACCGGUGAGAUGGCACAACCACAUAUCCAUGAGGCUUGAGAUCUAUGGCUGUCCAGGCUGUGUAUCCCCCCUCGGCAUGGAAAGUAAAUCAAUCUCUGAUGCGCAAAUAUAUGCCUCCUCACAACUGAAUGAUGAUCGGGCUCCAUCGCAGGCCAGGUUGCACAUUCAAGCAGCCACUGAUGGUAAAAAUAGGGGGUGGUCUGCUCGCAAGAACGAUCUUUAUCAAUGGUUACAGGUGGACCUUGGAAGUGAAGCAAUUGUGACGCGUGUAGCAACACAGGGGAUAGAUGGCCUCGACGAGUGGGUGACAAAAUACAGAAUACAAUUUAGCUAUUCUGGAAUAAAUUUCCGAUUUUACAAGAAAGUAGAACACAGUUCUGCACAGGUUUUCGAUGGAAAUGAAGACAGUUCCACAGUUGUAGUCAAAAGACUUAGCGAGCCGAUCAGAGCACGUUUCGUCCGAUUAUUGCCGAUAGAGUGGCAUAAACACAUAUCAAUGAGAAUUGAGAUUUACGGAUGCCCAGACUGCAUCACACCUCUUGGCAUGGAAAACGGAAAUAUUGCUGACUCAAAGAUAACUACAUCCUCGAUUUUGGAUGACAAAAGCCUCGCAAGUCAGGCCAGGUUAAACUAUAAAGCAGACGGUGGCUUUGGGGGAGGUUGGUCAUCUCUCGAAAAUGAUGCUAACCAAUGGCUUCAAGUAGAUCUUGGUACUUACACGCGUGUGACACGUUUGGCCACUCAAGGAAGGAAUGGGCACGAUCAGUGGGUGACCAAGUAUAGGGUGGAGUACGGUGAGGAUGGCCAGAGCUUCCAGGUGUACAAACCAUCAAAUGCCAGCGUAGCGAGGGUUUUCACUGGAAAUCAAAACAGCGAGGCAGUGGUUCACAGCAGUUUGAGCCCACCAAUCACAACAAGGUUUAUACGGCUUAUACCGGUGGAGUGGCACAAUCAUAUCUCAAUGAGGAUAGAGAUCUAUGGCUGUCCAGGAUGUGCUGCAGCACUUGGUGUGGAGAAUAAAGAAAUAUCUGAUGCCAACCUAAGGGUAUCCUCCCAAAUGGAUGAGGAUCAUCGCGCAAAGGAGGCAAGGUUAAAUUCGAAAGCAGACGGGAACAAGGGAGGGGGAUGGUCAGCCAUGAGCAAUAACUUCAAUCAGUGGCUUCAAGUGGAUAUCGGUGAUAACUCUCGAGUGACAGGUGUUGCGACUCAGGGGAUGAAUGGGAACGACCAGUGGGUGUCCAGAUACCGCAUACAGUAUAGCAGUGACGGAGUGACUUUUGAAUUUUAUAAUGCAACGGAAGACAGUUCAGCAAAGGUAUUUUAUGGAAAUCAGGACAGUGACACAGUUGUAAAAAAUGUGCUCAUUCCACCAAUAACAGCACGUUACAUUCGCCUGAUGCCUGUUGAGUGGCACAAUCAUAUAUCGAUGAGGGUGGAAAUCUACGGCUGCUCAGUGUUUACCGGUUCACCAACUGUACCACCGUCAGAAAUGACGACAGAUGCUAACAAAGACAAAGAAGGGGGAAUACUCGGAGCGCAACAGGGAAACAGGAAAACAGAAGGUGCCGCUGAAACUGUUUUCUAA